AUGGGAGUUCCGGCGUUCUACCGGUGGCUGGCGGAGAAGUAUCCGAUGGUGGUGGUCGAUGUGGUCGAGGAGGAGGCCGUGGUCAUCGAGGGGGUCAAAAUUCCGGUGGACACGAGCAAGCCCAACCCUAACAACCUCGAGUACGAUAAUCUGUACCUGGACAUGAACGGGAUUAUUCACCCAUGCUUCCACCCGGAGGACCGACCUUCUCCAACCACGUUUGAUGAGGUGUUCCAAUGUAUCUUUGACUAUAUAGAUAGGCUUUUUGUGAUGGUCCGGCCAAGGAAACUGCUUUACAUGGCUAUUGAUGGUGUGGCCCCAAGGGCUAAGAUGAAUCAACAACGGUCAAGGCGUUUCAGGGCAGCUAAAGAUGCGGCAGAUGCGGCAGCUGAAGAAGAAAAGUUACGUGCAGAGUUUGAAAGAGAAGGCAGGAAGCUUCCACCCAAAAAAGAAUCUCAACUUUUUGAUUCUAAUGUCAUCACUCCUGGAACGCCAUUUAUGGCUGUUUUGUCAAUUGCUCUGCAAUACUAUAUUCACCUUAGAAUAAACCACGACCCUGGAUGGAAAAAUGUCAAGGUUAUACUCUCUGAUGCAAACGUUCCUGGUGAAGGGGAACACAAAAUUAUGUCCUACAUCCGUCUUCAAAGGAAUCUCCCUGGUUAUGAUCCAAAUACCCGUCAUUGUCUUUAUGGGUUGGAUGCUGAUUUAAUCAUGCUGGCUUUGGCUACUCACGAAGUUCAUUUCUCUAUUCUGAGAGAGGUUGUAUUUACUCCGGGGCAACAAGACAAAUGCUUUAUUUGUGGUCAAGUUGGUCACCUAGCUGCAGACUGCGAAGGGAAGCCAAAGAGAAAGGCAGGAGAAUUUGAUGAGAAAGAUGCUGAUAUUGUGCCUAAAAAGCCUUUUCAGUUCUUGCAUAUUUGGACUCUCCGUGAAUAUCUGGAUUAUGAGAUGAGGAUUCCUAAUCCUCCUUUCGAGAUCGAUUUGGAACGCAUAAUUGAUGAUUUUAUCUUCAUUUGCUUCUUUGUUGGCAAUGACUUCUUGCCGCAUAUGCCUACACUUGAGAUUCGUGAGGGUGCAAUCAACUUGCUUAUGGCUGUUUACAAAAAGGAGUUUCGGGUUUUAGGUGGUUACUUGACAGAUGGAAGCAAGCCAAAUCUGAGCAGGGUGGAACACUUUAUUCAAGCUGUGGGAUCAUUUGAAGAUAAAAUAUUCCAGAAAAGAGCACGGCUACAUCAGAGACAAGCUGAAAGAAUUAAGCGUGACAAGUCACAAGCUAAAAGAGGAGACGAUUCUGAGCCAGUAAAUAGACCUGAAUCUCUUGUUCCAGUUGCUCGAUUCCAUGGUUCUCGCCUUGCUUCUGGUCCUUCGCCUUCUCCCUAUCAACACAAGGGUCCUUCAACUUCUCGUAGGCAUGAUCAACUUGGUCAAGCUACCUCAAGUUUGUCAGUCCUUGACAUCAAAUGCAAACGAUCUGGAGCAAUAGAGAAUGAGAAAACCUACUCCCGGGCCUCAAAGGUUGCACGGCUUGAAGGUGGAGCCACUAUUGGUGCAGCUAUUGUUGAAGCUGAAAAUGAUCUAGAAAAUGAGGAUGAAAACAAGGAAGAGUUGAAAUCAAAGCUUAAGUUGUUGCUCCGUGAGAAGUCCGAUGUAUUUAAUACAGAUAAUGCAGAAGAAGACAAGGUAAAACUGGGAGAACCUGGGUGGAAAGAGAGGUACUACGAAGAUAAGUUUUCUGCAAAAUCUCCUGAGGAACUUGACGCAGUUCGAAGGGAUGUGGUGUUGAAAUACACUGAAGGGUUAUGUUGGGUUAUGCACUACUACUAUGAAGGAGUCUGUUCCUGGCAAUGGAAACAUACCACGCACUCGUACAGGUUUUAUCCGUACCAUUAUGCACCAUUUGCUUCAGACCUUAAGGAUCUUGGACGGCUGGACAUAGGGUUUGAAUUAGGGACCCCAUUCAAGCCAUUCAAUCAGUUGCUGGGGGUUUUCCCUGCUGCAAGUUCUCAUGCUUUGCCUGAGCAGUAUAGGUACUUGAUGAGUGAUCCAACUUCACCUAUAAUUGAUUUUUAUCCUAUCGAUUUUGAAGUAGACAUGAAUGGCAAGCGGUUUGCUUGGCAGGGUGUUGCCAAAUUGCCUUUCAUUGAUGAGGAACGUUUACUAGCGGAGGUAGCAAAGAUAGAGCACACACUUACGGAAGAUGAAGCACGAAGAAACAGCGUGAUGUUUGACAUGCUUUUUGUAUCGGUGUCACACACUCUGUCCCCAUACAUCUUUUCUCUUGAUGAUCGCUGUAAGCAGAUGACAGAUCAAGAAAGAGUUCAGGUCAAGGAGCAGAUUGAUCCAGUUGCCAGUGGUGGAAUGAACGGCUAUAUCUCACUUUGUUCUGGGGAUCCUUGUCCUCCAGUCUUCAGAUCACCUAUUUCAGGGAUGGAAGACAUUGUGAACAAUCAAGUCUUAUGUGCCAUAUACAAACUUCCAGAUGCUCAUGAGCACAUUCCUCGACCGCUCCCUGGUGUCAUUUUUCCAAAGAAGAUUGUGACAAUGGGCGAUUUGAAACCUGCGCCCACACUUUGGCACGAGGAUACUGGAAGGAGGCCGUUUGACAACGGAAGGCAUAAUAAUAACCAGCAUGGCCCCUCAUCCAGCCGACACUUUGGAGAACACAACAGGCACAAUCCCCCUAAUGGACCCAUUCCCUCCCGACACUCGGCAGAGCCCAACAGGCACAACUACCCGAAUGGGGCCAUAUCCGGCAGACAGCUUGGGGAGGCUGCUCAUCGCCUCGUUGUCAACAGCUUACAGUCCAGGUCAGACAAAAACAGCCCCCUUGCCCACCAUCUGCCACAUCACAUGCCAUCUCAUCCCGCUGGGCAUGACCCGCGUUACCAUUCCUACCAAAAUCGCCCCUACCCACAAACCCCAACCUAUCCUCACCAUAACAGUAGUAGACCUCCUUACGCUCCUCCGCCACCACCACACGUUCCCAACAAUCCUCCUCCGUACAAUGAGUUCUACAACAGGUCAGCUGCUCACGUGAGGAACCCACCUCAGCACGGGCAGCACUCUCGGGGGCCGCACGGGCCACCUCCGCUGCCGAUCCGCGAGAGGCCGUACCCUCCGGUCCGUCCGGGUGCAUAUUAUCAUCAGCCUCAACAGCCGGGUGGGCAUGGUUAUCAUCCUGAAGCCGACCGAUCAUAUGGGGGCGGCUAUGGUGGCCAUAGCAAUAAGAGUGGUGGUGGUAGCUGGGGCCCGCCACCAGUUAAUCCGAAUGCCGGUCGAGGAUACAACAAUCCUCGUUAUGGAGGCAACCAGUUCUCGGCACUCGGCCGAGGAGGGAAUAGGCGGCACCCACCUUCUGAUCAUCGGAGAUAG